CAGGUGACGUCAGAGCACGAGAGCAGGCGCGUGCGCCGGGGACAGCCCAGCUGUGCCGAUUUGCUUUGAGGUGACAGUCGCUAGCUUUCACACAAGGAAGUGGAGGAAAUGUCGAAGCGCUGACGACUGGACAACCACGAACUGUGCGCUUCUCUCUGCGAGACUGGUGAUGUGUGCUGUGACACGUGUCCUCCUCUUUGAGAUACACUCCGGCAGCAUCAUCACCAUGCCAGCACAUAACUCCCCGUCCUCUACAGUGUGAGCUCAAGUUACCUUCCCGUCACUGCCAUUGUCAACACCUUCAUCUCAACAUGGCCCCUAUUCCUCCUGGGAUCCGCCUGCUGGUUUCUUUCGACAGAGAUCAGUGGUACAGAGCUCUCACCUUUGUCCUCACCUUCCUGCUCUACACCAGUUUCCACCUCUCUCGGAAACCUAUUAGCAUUGUCAAGAGCGAGCUUCAUAAAAACUGCUCACCUCUCAGUGAGCUUUCUACCCUGGCCUCCAGCAGUGGCAGCCAGGAGCCCUCCCUGCCAUCCCGCCAGACAGACAUGGACUGUAGCUGGAAGCCUUUUGAUAAAGGCAACUACAAACAGCUGCUUGGAGCCAUGGACUACUCUUUCCUCUGUGCCUAUGCUAUCGGCAUGUACCUCAGCGGCAUCAUUGGGGAGCGUUUGCCCAUUCGGCUGUACCUGACUGUGGGGAUGUUGACCAGUGGCCUGUUUACCUGCUUGUUUGGACUGGGUUACAUCUACAACAUCCACAGCCUGGGCUUCUAUAUAACGGUCCAGGUGGCCAACGGGUUAGUCCAAACCACUGGCUGGCCCAGUGUGGUGACCUGCAUUGGCAACUGGUUUGGAAAGGGGAGGCGUGGGCUCAUCAUGGGGCUGUGGAAUUCUCACACGUCAGUGGGCAACAUCCUGGGCUCCCUAAUUGCUGGCUACUGGGUGUCCUCUAAUUGGGGCCUGUCUUUCAUUGUACCAGGGCUCAUCAUCGCAGUCAUGGGUGUCAUUUGUUUUCUCUUCCUUAUUGAACACCCAAAUGACCUAAAAUCCAUUUCUGCUCAAAAGUCUUCGCCAGGCAAGAGUAUGCAGGUUCAAACUAAGCAUUGGAAUGGUGUAAAUGGACAUACCGAAGUGUAUCUACAAUACAAGGACAACAAAGCUAAGGCCUACUACUAUUAUGAGGAUAGGAUAGGAUAUCAAAGCAGGAAGAGUUAUGACACUGAGCUGCUGUUGCCUAGAGACAGCGUGUGUGUCCCUGUGCAACCAGUUGUGGUAGUGAAGAAUGAGUCGGAGCCGUCUGCUAUCAGCUUCAUGGGAGCCCUACAAAUACCAGGGGUGAUCGAGUUCUCUCUCUGUCUGCUGUUCGCCAAGUUGGUCAGCUACACCUUUCUUUUCUGGCUGCCGCUCUACAUCACUAAAGCAGCUCACCUAGAUGCCAAGAAGGCUGGCGACCUCUCCACCCUGUUCGAUGUUGGAGGAAUUGUGGGAGGCAUUUUUGCAGGGGUGAUUUCUGAUAAAUUGGGGAAGAGAGCCACCACCUGUGCAGUUAUGCUGCUCCUUGCAGCUCCCACACUGUAUGGCUUCUCCAUGAUCAGUCAGUUUGGUAUUGGCCCAACCAUCGGUAUGCUGCUGGUAUGUGGAGGUCUAGUAAAUGGACCAUAUUCACUUAUCACGACGGCAGUGUCUGCAGAUCUGGGGACCCAUAAGAGCUUGAAAGGAAACGCCAAAGCACUGUCUACUGUCACUGCCAUUAUUGAUGGCACAGGAUCUGUGGGUGCAGCCCUGGGCCCCCUGCUGGCUGGCCUGCUCUCUGCAGGGGGCUGGGAUCGGGUCUUCUAUAUGCUGAUGACUGCUGACUUUCUUGCUUUGUUGCUGUUGCUUCGCCUCGUGACAAAGGAGUUGGUCUCAACAAAAUCCCAUCCCAUCUCUGCCGUAGAGCUGAAGGAGCAUUGAGAACUUUGACCACACUCGCUAAACUGGAACCACUAGAAUGAGCUGAGCUACCAGACAUUUUAAUAACAUGGAUAUCUCUGAAGACCUGAGUGAUGAAGAAAGCAGCACAAUUCAUCUUUACACUCAGUAGCUCACUCUCCAGAGCUUUUAGCCUAUUUACACUUGAAUACAGCAUUUAUUGAGUCCACACAUUAGUGAAUGAAUGUUAGCUGUAAGAAGUCUACCAUUGAUGUGUAUAGUGGGAAUUUGGGUAAGUUAGAAGUAUCAUAAUUAUUUUAUUUAUUAUGUACAAAGUCUGUGCUCUUGUGGAUCCUAUUUGCACACACAUCCUAUUCUUUCCAUGGAAGGCUGUCUGAUCCAAUCUGUUUCUCACCUUAGGUUUCUGACACUUAAUUUGUCAUCACAGAAACCCCAUUAUACACUGUCAUGGCUUUGCCAUAUAAAGCAGUAGCCUCUGUCUGACCACCAAGCAGUUCAGUCCAGUUCUGUGUCAGCCAUGUUUUUGCAUGUGACCCUGCAGUAGAGAAGCAGACAGAUUUGAGCAGCCGAUAGGAAGGUGGAGUUUCAGCUGAACAGUGGCUUAAGACAGGUUCUGCUUCUCACACAUGAAUUUAUUUACAAUUUACCAUAUCGUGGUUUCUAAAUGCAUAGUGCUUUCAGCAGCUACUGUUAAAAAAACAAUUGAGCUGUAAAAACAGAUGAUCACUGUUGGGCAUUUUAUUUGAGCAGCAGAAACAAAUUAUGUGGGAAUGAGGUGGAGGCAGGAGUGUGAAAGUACGAAGCAGCAAUGUAGCGUCUUAGUUAUUUAACUCUUCUGGCUCUGAGGACCGUCUCAUUUGUAGAUGUGCAGGGAACACAGGACCUUAUUCCAAGCCCGUCUGUAUGAAGGGGACAUAUGAGACCACUGUAACUGAUGUACUGUGCAGAAGUGGCUCUUUCACCUUUGCCUUACUGAACCAAAGACACUAUGGGAUCAUAUGAUACUUUAAAUAAAAGACGUGUAUGUAGAAAAUUACUUAACUUAUUUUUUUAUCAGUUAUGUGGUGUUUUUUUCUGACUUUGCUAUAAUAUGAAGGCUCCAAAAAUAUAUUUUUCUAAGCCGAGUCUAGAUAAUGUGUUUGUAGUGUGGGACUGGAUCCAGAUGAAUGUAAGGUGACAGAGCACAUGCGUGCUUUAGUAGCACUGAGAUGAGGUUUAUCUCUGUAGUGUGUCAGUGGGCGGAUGAGCACUUGAAUCAUUGAAUUAUUGUUUGCCUUGUUUGAUUUAUGAUUUAAUCGUGUCUAAAAACAUGUUCCUGUGCAAAAGCUGAGGGUUUGGGUUUAAUUGAGUUCAAAGCCCUUUGGGAAAAAAUAAAGAUUUCAUUGAA